AUGGCCGAGCGCUCUACCAUGCUGCUGGACGUGCGCCAACAUCUCCUCCACGCUCAACAGAGGAUGAAAUCCCAUGCUGACAAGUGUCAUUCUGAACGUGUCUUCAACGUUGGCUACUUCGUCUUCAUCCGACUGCAGCCCUAUGUCCAGUCGUCACUGGAGCCUCGCUCACAUCACAAACUUUGCUUCAACUACUUCGGGCCGUUUGAGAUCGUCGCCAAGAUCGGCUCCAUCGCCUACAAGCUGGCUCUUCCUCCAGGCUCCGCCGUGCACCUGGUCUUCCACGUAUCCCUCCUCAAGCCGGCGUCCGCUCUGAUCUAG